UUUCUUUUGGUGUUGACACAUUAGACUUGUAAAGGCAGGAGAGAUAGAAAUGUCAAUAACUGAAAAACAUAAUCCAAUCAAAAUAUAAAGUGGAGAAUUUUAGAGCGAGAGAUCAGUUCAUCGUUCAAGAACGAUGCCUAAGAAAAUGUUGCGAAGUCGAGGAAGAUCUGUUGGAGAUGCAGACGAUGUUGUAGAAGAUGAGAUCUUGAAAGAUAAGACGGAGGAGUUGCUCAAGGACAAGAACGAUAUUCUGAGGAAGACGGAGGAGGAGCUCAGGACGGAGUUAAAGAAGAAUCAGAAGAUGAAGGAGUUCAAACCUAACAUGGUCAUUGCUAAGGAGACACGCGAAAGAGAGAGAGAGAGGCCAUGUUCUCAAACGGUUACGACGGGGAAUCAAUAAUGUUCUACGACAGUUGGUACCAGUGAGUUGUUCGAUUUGAAGGAGAUUCGGGGUGAUGACGACAACAUAUGGAUGAGUUCUUCUUUCUUUCCUUUUUAGCAGAGGAUUUCUUCUCGAGAGGGUGUUGGGAGAGGAGAGCUGCUUUUUGUGAACAAGAACGUUGUGGAGGUCGCAAAGAUGACAAGAGAAGAGUGGAAAAAGUUGUCAGAUAAACAAAAGGCACCAUACGAAAAGGGUGGCAAAGAAGAACAAGGAGACAUACCUGGAAGCAGUGGAUGAAUACAAAAGGACGAAGGAAGAAGAGACCAUGAGUCAAAACAAAGAAGAAGAGGAGCUCACGAAACUCCUCAUAAACAAGAAGCUCUCCAACUUCUUAAGAAGAAGGAUCAUCUUGCUGAAGAAGAAAGUGACCAAGAAGAAGAAGAACGAAAAUGUUGACACUAACAAACCCAAGCUAACCAAAGAUGCAAAGAAAGCUUUGACAGAAGAACAUCCUCCGACGAGCAACUCGACAAUCACUCCUCUAAUCUCAGUGAAAUUGAAGGGACAUAAGGUUAAGGCAUCUGUCAUUAUAUGCUUUACCUCUUCUGGAAGAGCAGGUUGAUUGGAGGGACUUUGUAAUAUCAAAAUUCUAGGGAGGAUUCUUUGUUUGUACCAUAGUCACAUAUAUGUACUGUUUAAGUUUAUUAACCCGUGUACUCUUAUCAAACAAGUCUUUUAGGAGUUUUAGUUCGAACUUUUUUUCAGAUUCUACCAUAUUAUGUGAAAAAUAUGAUGUUUUUCUGAAAAGGGCUAAAAAUGUGAUGUUGUUGCAGAGAGAAACAACAAGUGCCACGAACGAGUCAGUCCUCAAGCUUGCGUUUAGACCAUGGGAAGCAAGCGGGAGUGAUAAAGUUGCAUGAGAGACAAGUGGUGUGUCAGAAAGUUGGUGAUGCAUGUGGUCAAGAAUCAUAGAGCUAGAGGAUUGAUAAAAUGGGAGCUAUAAUCUUUUUCUUUCAAUCCAGUGCCGAAUGAGUAUAUUAAUUUGUUCUCACAGAUAUAUAAUUUCAUAAACAAGCUCAAAUGUUGCUAAAAUUACAUUUUGCUUUGUUAA